AUGAUGCAAAACCAUCAGCUUCAGGGCCAAGCGGAGCUCGACGACAGCUCGCAAGUUUUUCGCUACAACUAUAUCCUCCUGACGACUCUGGGCCUCUGGCCUGCAAGUCUGAGCGACGUGCGUUUCUUCCUGAAUUUCGGCUACUUCUGCUACGAAAUGCUGCUCGAGUACCUCGACCUGUUUCUCUUUAUCGACAACUUCGAGAACGUCCUGAUGAACCUCACCGAAAACAUGGCCUUCUCACAGAUCUUUAUCAGAAUGCUCAUGCUGAGAAUCUACAACAGCGAACUCGGAGAAAUCAUCGGCGACGCCAAGAAGGAUUUCGAUGCUAAGAAUUACACGGAGGAGGAGAGGAAGACGUUCGUGGCUUACCACGUCAAGUCGAGAACCUUUAUGAAACUGCUGAUCACGAACACCGCGUUGACCGCGUCAUCGUACUAUGUCAAGCCACUGCUGGGGCAGAUGGGAGAACUAAUGGAAUACGCAAACUCGAACGGCGAAAACUCGACGUUCAUCUUUAUGCUACCCUACCGCUUCUACACGUUCUACGAACUGAAUGAUGCCCAGACGUACUUCUGGACUUACGGCUCGCAGCUGCCCUUCGUCUUCAUUAGCGGUUUCGGGCAGAGCGCGGCCGACUGCCUCAUGGUCACUCUGGUCUACCACGUUUCCGGACAGAUGGCCGUGCUCGCGCUGCGCAUCGCCAGCAUCGACACUCAUCCUUCCAAGUGUACCCAGGAGGUGCAGAAAAUCGUCAAGGCUCACAUCAGGCUACUUCGAAUGGGAAAAGUUAUUCAGAGAACCUUCAGUGCCACACUUCUCGGACAUCUCGUGGGUGCUACUUCUCUCGUUUGUAUCCUUGGGUAUCAAAUUUUAACGAGCCUGGCCAACGGAGAAAGAGCUAUUUUGAUUUCGUUUUUUGCAUUUAUAUUCCUAGUACUGCUGGUGCUCUAUGCCCAUUGUACCGUCGGCGAAAGCUUGAUAACAGAAAGCGAACGAGUAUCCCAAGCUUAUUACGAUUGCGAGUGGUACAAUAUGUCGAAGGAAAACGCUAGGAUAAUUAUCUUGUGCAUGGCUCGUUCACAAAAACCAUUGCAGCUGACUGCUGGUAAAUUCAGCAUGUUUUGUCUUCAAACGCUUACAGACAGCAUCAAAGCUUCGAUGGGAUACUUGUCAGUUUUGAGAACUGUCAUGUAA